AUGGGUUCAAAACCUCAAAUUUACCAUGAAAAGCAAGUUAAAGAGCUGUGUGCUCUGCAUGCACUUAACAACUUAUUCCAGUCACGAAACACAUUUUCAAAGUCGGAAUUGGACACCAUAUGCAGUCGACUGUCUCCCAACGUCUGGAUCAAUCCUCAUCGCUCAAUGUUAGGGCUCGGAAACUAUGACAUCAAUGUUAUUAUGGCCGCUUUACAGAAAAAAGGCUGUGAAGCUGUGUGGUUUGACAAACGGAAAGAUCCUGGCUGUUUAGAUCUCUCAAAUAUAUGUGGAUUUAUUUUAAAUGUGCCAUCGGACUACAAGUUAGGAUUUGUGAUGUUGCCGCUGCGUAGACGGCAUUGGAUCACAAUCAGGCAGAUACAGGGGAACUUUUACAACCUGGACUCAAAACUGGAUUCACCACAGUUAAUAGGAAGGAACACUGACUUGAUUACAUAUCUAAAAGAGCAGCUGGAAUGUAAAGAAAAGGAAUUGUUUGUGGUUGUCAGCAAGGAAGUUGAGGAGAAGCAGCAGUGGAUGCACCAGUACUCGGGUAAUAACUACCAAGUGCAGAACAAGGGUAACGGAGCGUGCGAGAGUGACCACAGUCCCAGCCUCAACGACUGUGAUGUUGAAUGCCUUAGAGUUAGUGACGUCAGUAACUGUGCCGUCAAUGGUGACAAUUUUUAA